AUGGAUACCACAACCGGUUUAUAUGCACCUCAGUCCCCCGAUCUUUCAGGUUUAGCUUCUCCGUCCAAACCACAACAACAAUAUCAAUCAGCCUCCCAAGCGUCCUUGUACGCACCACGAUCACCAGAUCUCUCGUCGCUCACUUCUACUAGCCAAUCGCAAGGAGGUUUCCACCCCUUCCAGAGUCCACAAAGCCACUCUUUUGGUGGCAGCGGCCACGAGCUCGGCGGAUAUAGUACACAAUACAUGCCACCGAUUCCUGAUCUGCCCUCGUCGCAUUCCUUCAACUCUUACACGCAACCGCAAUCCGCGUCGAGCGGAUAUCCUCCACAGUCUCACUUUCAGCCUCAAUACCAAGAGCAGAUCAAAGUUGAAGGUGGAUACGCGUCGCCUCCAGCAAACGCCUACAGCCCCCCCAUAACGAAUACAUACAAUUCUCCAGCUCCCAUGGCAUCAAGAGCCGCGCGACAGGCGCGAGGCUCUGGCCAAGCUUCUGGCGCAUCCGCACAAGAUGCCCCCGCCUACAAAGACCCGAACCCAAACAAUAUCGACAUCAAGACCAAAUUUCCAGUCGCGCGAAUAAAGCGAAUAAUGCAGGCUGAUGAGGAAGUAGGAAAAGUGGCUCAGGUUACACCGGUCGCUGUUUCGAAAGCCCUUGAGCUAUUCAUGAUUGCUUUAGUAUCAGGCGCGGCGGAAAAGGCAAAGGAGAAAGGAGGGAAAAGAGUCACAGCACAGCAUUUGAAGCAGGUUGUCCUAGCCAGCCCAGAACAAUUUGAUUUCUUGAACGAUAUUGUGGGAAGGGUCAGCGAGGCGCAGGAAGGCGCCGGUGGUGAGGGGCGCAAACGGAAGGAGAAAGUUGAGGCUAGCGAGAGCGAUGAUGAGGAAGUGAAGAAGCCUAAAAAGGGCAAGGGAAGAAGAAAGAAGAGUGAUGAUUGA